AUGUCAGAAAUUGAAAUUCAGUUUGUUAAAAGUAGAGAUUCUAUAGGAAUCCAUGGUGUUGGUCCAUAUGAUACAACUUUCAAGAGAACUGUUUGCGAUAUGUUUAAGUUCAUCGAAGAAAAGAAUGUCGUUUAUGAAAAAUUCAUAGGAUACUUUUACGAUAAUCCCUGCGAGGUUGCACCCGAUCAGUGUAGAUCAGUCGCUUCGAUUUUAAUUACAAAGGAGCAAUUGGCAGCAUUGAAUCUCUCCGGUCAAGAGCAAGUAAAACACAUCGUUUGGGAAGAAGGUGAAUAUGCAGUCAUGCUUUACAAAGGACCAUACGAGAAUCUCAAUCGUCAAUACCAAACUAUCUUUGAGGAAAUUGUAAAGAUCAACAGAAUACCAAGUGAAUAUCCGUCAGUCGAAGUCUACCUGAAUGACUGUGGUGUAACUCCACCAUCUGAAUUACUAACACAGAUCUACGUCAAAUUAGAACCAAUUUCAAAAUAA